AAAAUUGCCUGCUACCAAGAGCUGGACAAGAAGCUGGAACCACCAACUAAAGGCCCCUUAAGAGAUGUCAUUGCUCUGUGUUGGAGUAAAAAAAGGAAAGCUUGAUGGACCACAAGAGAAAUUUAAUACAUACGUGACACUGAAGGUGCAGAAUGUCAAAAGCACAACUAUCGCGGUGCGCGGCAGUCAGCCGAGCUGGGAGCAGGACUUCAUGUUUGAAAUAAACCGCCUGGAUCUGGGCCUCACAGUGGAGGUGUGGAAUAAGGGUUUAAUCUGGGACACCAUGGUGGGCACUUUAUGGAUCCCUCUGAGCAGCAUACGGCAGUCCAAUGAGGAGGGUCCAGGUCAAUGGCUGACUUUGGAUUCUAACGUGAUCAUGUCUGAAAAUGAAAUCUGUGGAACAAAAGACCCAACGUUUCACAGACUGCUGCUGGACACACGAUUUGAGCUGCCACUAGACAUUCCAGAAGAGGAGGCUCGCUACUGGGCAAAGAAACUUGAGCAGCUAAAUGCAAUGAGGGACCAAGAUUAUCAGGAGGAACAGGAGCGGCCCCUCCAUGCUCCAUCCACUCAGUGCUGCAAUUGGAGUCUCUGGGGUGAUCAGCAAAACGAUGACCCUGACAGUGCAGUUGAUGACCGGGACAGUGACUACCGCAGUGAGACCAGUAACAGCAUCCCCCCUCCAUACUACACCACAUCACAGCCCAAUGCUUCCAUGCACCAGUAUCCCAUGAGGCACCAGCACUACAGACACUCCUACAGCGACGACAUGCACGACCUAGACUACGACCAUAGAGCAAUGAGCCCAACAGACAGUCGAUACGCAUCCUCCGGCGAGCUGAGCCGAGGCAGCUCCCAGCUCAGCGAGGAGUUUGUCCCAGAGGACGGAGAGAGCUUACGGGGAUCUGAGUUUUACGAUGAGAAUGAUUCUUACCACUCCUGCCACUCCUCUGUCAGCUACGGCAAAGAGGAUUCCCCAGGCUGGGAAGGAGAGGAUGCACAGGGUGUCUAUAGUGAUGAGGGAGGCUAUAUCAAAGAUGGAGGGGAAGGAGGAGCACUUUAUGAUGAAGACGGAGAUAUGUAUGGAGAGGAAGGGGACUACAACUAUGAGGAGGAGAUAGCAUAUGAGGAAGAUGAGGAGAUGUAUCCGCUGGACACUACUUUUACUGAAGACCAAGAAGUACCAUAUACGCCAACACCCACAAGCACCGCCCAAACUUUGAUGCCCCCCUCAGAUGGUUUGUCUUCCACAAGGCCACCACUAGAAAAACAGGCAUCUCUACAUCAGCGGCGACCCUCACAAGACCAACUCCAACCCCAAAGUACAAGCAUGGGUCUGCUGCAAGUAACAAAAGAGGAUACACUGCCUUCGUUCACUACAGAUACUUCCAAGCCUAUGUUUACUACAGCCCAGUCAGAUUUAAGUACCAGCACAACUACAACAACUACUGCAGUUACCCUAGAGGUCCCAGCUGUAGAGAAACAUGAGGAGACUGAGUCUAAAUUGGAGGGGCCCCCAGAUGAGCCCCAUCCUCCUGAAAAGCCCCCGGAACCAGAGAGUACUCCACCGAUGACAGAGGAGAAGCCAGAGGAACGCCCUGUGCCAAGCUUCCCAAGAAGAGAAAUGAUGGAGCCGGGUCAUGCUAGAGCCAAGGCUAACUGGCUCAGAUUGUACAGCAGAGUACGGCUCCAGCUUCAGGAGGCUCGAGGAGAAUCCGUGGGCAUUGCGUCUCUUCUUUUAUCAGCAGGAAUGGGUGGUGCUUUGUAUAGUAUUGACAGUAUGCCAGACCUCAGAAAGAGAAAAGCUAUGCCUCUAGUUAGAGACUUGUCUUUGGUUCAGAACUCCAGAAAGGCAGGCAUCACCUCAGCUCUGACCUCCAGCACCUUGCACAAUGAAGAACUGAAGAGUCAUGUCUAUAAAAAGACACUCCAGGCUCUGAUAUAUCCCAUUUCUUGCACCACUCCACACAAUUUUGAAGUGUGGACCGCCACCACUCCCACGUACUGCUAUGAGUGUGAGGGACUGCUGUGGGGCAUCGCUCGCCAGGGCAUGCGCUGUACUGAGUGUGGCGUCAAAUGCCAUGAGAAGUGCCAAGACCUGCUCAAUGCUGAUUGUCUUCAAAGAGCGGCGGAGAAGAGCUCCAAACAUGGUGCAGAAGAUCGCACCCAGAACAUUAUAAUGGUCCUUAAAGACCGCAUGAAGAUCAGGGAGAGAAACAAACCUGAAAUCUUUGAGCUGAUUCAAGAAGUCUUCGCUGUGGCUAAAUCUCUCCAUGUCACUCAAAUGAAGCAGAUAAAACAGAGCGUACUUGAUGGCACAUCCAAGUGGUCGGCUAAAAUCAGUAUCACAGUUUUAUGUGCCCAGGGUUUACAAGCAAAGGACAAAACAGGCUCCAGUGAUCCUUAUGUCACCGUCCAAGUGGGAAAGACAAAGAAGAGGACCAAGACUAUCUAUGGCAAUCUCAACCCUGUUUGGGAGGAAACAUUCAAUUUUGAGUGUCACAACUCCUCUGACCGCAUAAAAGUGAGAGUUUGGGAUGAGGAUGACGAUAUAAAGUCUCGUGUGAAGCAGAAAUUUAAGAGAGAAUCAGAUGAUUUCCUUGGUCAAACUAUCAUUGAAGUUCGCACUCUGAGUGGAGAGAUGGAUGUGUGGUACAAUCUUGAUAAGCGUACUGACAAAUCAGCUGUGUCUGGGGCUAUCCGCAUGCACAUUAGUGUUGAAAUCAAAGGAGAGGAGACUGUGGCACCAUAUCAUGUUCAGUAUACCUGCUUGCAUGAGAACCUCUUCCACUAUGUAACGGAUAUCCAGAAUAAUGGUGUGGUGAAAAUCCCUGAUGCUAAAGGUGAUGAUGCGUGGAAGGUCUAUUUUGAGGAGACUCCCCAAGAGAUAGUGGAUGAAUUCGCCAUGCGUUACGGAGUGGAGUCCAUUUAUCAGGCCAUGACUCACUUUGCCUGCCUGUCAUCCAAGUACAUGUGCCCUGGUGUACCUGCAGUAAUGAGUACUCUACUGGCUAAUAUCAAUGCCUACUACGCUCACACCACACAGGCCACCAACAAUGUGUCAGCCUCUGACCGAUUUGCUGCCUCUAAUUUUGGGAAAGAAAGAUUUGUGAAGCUCUUGGAUCAACUGCACAACUCACUGAGAAUUGACUUGUCCAUGUACAGAAAUAAUUUCCCAGCCAGCAGUCCUGAGAGGCUCCAAGAUCUCAAGUCUACAGUGGACCUCCUCACCAGUAUCACAUUUUUCAGGAUGAAGGUUCAAGAGCUCCAAUCCCCACCCAGAGCCAGUCAGGUGGUGAAAGACUGCGUGAAGGCCUGUCUCAACUCCACCUAUGAGUACAUUUUCAACAACUGCCAUGAGCUGUACAGCCGCGAGUAUCAAACCGACCCAGCUAAACAGGGUGCAGUUCCCCCAGAAGAGCAGGGACCCAGCAUCAAGAAUCUGGAUUUCUGGUCAAAACUGAUCACUCUAAUUGUGUCCAUUAUUGAAGAAGACAAGAACUCUUAUACUCCCUGUCUUAACCAAUUUCCACAAGAACUUAAUGUAGGUAAAAUCAGUGCUGAAGUCAUGUGGAACCUGUUUGCUCAGGAUAUGAAGUAUGCAAUGGAGGAACAUGAGAAAAAUCGCUUGUGCAAGAGUGCAGACUACAUGAACCUACAUUUCAAAGUCAAGUGGUUGUACAAUGAAUACUGCAAAGACCUUCCCUUUUUCAAAAGCAGAGUGCCUGAAUAUCCUGCGUGGUUUGAACCAUUCGUCAUUCAGUGGCUGGAUGAAAAUGAGGAGGUGUCACGUGACUUUCUACAUGGUGCUCUGGAGAGGGACAAAAAGGAUGGGUUCCAGGUGACCUCCGAACACGCCCUCUUCUCCUGUUCAGUGGUGGAUGUGUUUUCUCAGCUCAAUCAGAGCUUUGAGAUUAUUCGGAAACUAGAGUGUCCUGAUCCACAAAUAGUUGGACACUACAUGAAGAGAUUUGCCAAGACUAUCAGCAAUGUUCUUCUGUCCUACGCUGAUGUCAUCUCCAGGUUGUUUCCAAACUAUGUCACAAUGGAGAAAGUGCCGUGCAUCUUGAUCAACAACAUCCAACAACUGCGAGUCCAGCUAGAGAAGAUGUUCGAAGCAAUGGGUGGAAAAGAUCUGUGUGUUGAGGCUAGUGACAUCUUGAAAGACUUGCAGGUCAAACUCAACAAUGUAAUGGAUGACCUCAGCAGAGUCUUUGCUGUCAGUUUCCAGCCCCACAUUGAGGAGAAUGUGAAGCAGAUGGGAGACAUCCUGGCUCAGGUAAAGGGAACCUCAAAUGUGGGUAACGCCAGCAGUGUGGCCCAAGAUGCGGACAAUGUUCUCCAGCCCAUCAUGGAGUUCCUGGACAGCAACCUGACAUUGUUUGCAAAGAUUUGUGAGAAGACUGUGCUAAAGCGUGUGCUGAAGGAGCUGUGGAAGCUGGUCAUGAACACCAUGGAGAAGACCAUUGUUCUGCCUCCACUGACAGACCAAACGGGAACACAGCUCAUCUUCAAUGCUGCCAAAGAGCUCGGGCAGCUGUCCAAGUUGAAGGAACACAUGGUUCGGGAGGAGGCCAAGGCUCUCACCCCAAAGCAGUGUGCUGUCAUUGAGCUGGCUCUAGACACCAUUAAGCAAUACUUCCAUGCUGGUGGUGUGGGUUUGAAGAAGACAUUCCUGGAGAAGAGUCCUGAUCUACUGUCCCUUCACUAUGCUCUGUCCCUCUACACUCAGGCUACAGACAAACUCAUAAAGACCUUUGUCCAAUCACAAAACGCACAAGUGUUCGGCGGGAAGGGGGUGAGGUUCACCAGUAGUGAGGAUAUUUACCCAGACAAGGGCUCAGGUGUGGAUGACGCAGUUGGAGAGGUGUCCAUACAUGUGGAGAUUUUCACACAUCCCAGCACUGGAGAACACAAGGUUACAGUCAAAGUCGUUGCUGCCAAUGACCUGAGGUGGCAGACACAGGGAAUAUUCAGGCCAUUUGUGGAGGUCUAUAUUAUCGGGCCACACCUCAGUGACAAGAAGAGGAAGUAUGCCACCAAGUCAAAGAACAACAGCUGGGCUCCUAAAUAUAAUGAGACCUUCACAUUCACUCUGAGUAAUGAAGUGGGCCCUGAGUGCUACGAGCUGCAGGUGUGUGUGAAGGACUACUGCUUUGCCCGUGAGGACCGCACAGUGGGAAUGGCCGUUCUGCAGCUCAAAGACGUAGCCUCUAAGGGCAGCGUGGCCUGCUGGCUGCCACUAGGUAAACGUAUCAACAUGGAUGAGACAGGUCUGACCGUACUGCGCAUCCUCUCCCAGCGCAACAACGAUGAUGUGGCCAAAGAGUUUGUCAAGCUCAAGUCGGACCAACGCUCUGCAGAGGAGGGCCGCAGCUAAGAGCUAUUACACUGCUACAUACUGCCCUCUAGAGCUCACAUGAGCUGUUGCUAACCACUGCCCUUGUACAAGCACAGAGAAAACACAUUUAUCAAAGUGAACAGGGCAUAGCAUUACGUUAGAGUGUAUUUGAUAUUUCAUAGUGUGUCAUUACAAUCAUUUUCAUAUGGCGAUCAGGGUGAGAAAUAGUAGCCUUUCUAUGUCUCAUAUGACCCAUACUUAGUUUCCCCACCCCAUUUAGAAUUCUUUUGUCACAUUUCUGCCUUGCAGCUGCUCAGAAGGGACCAUAAGUGCCAAAAGAUAAUUAAUGAUGCCAAGAUCUGCAAGAAGCACAACAGGUCAAACUGUCCAAAUGACCGACAAUGGCUGCAAGGCCUCAGACAUUCCAAAAGUCUGACAUUCCAAAAGUCUCUCAUUUUCAUUCAUCAUUUUGAUGUGUGGAAUUAUUAAUGCUCUUUCUUCCAGAUUAUAUUUGUAUUUAUUAAAUUAUUUAUAUUAUAAUCAAAUAUCUAUUAUAGAGAAAUUAUAUUUAAGACAGAUUUUAAGUCCUAUGUAAAAAAAAAAUGGAUUUACGUUUGGUACAUGAGAAAUUUCAUGUAGUCUGUCUCUAUGUGUAACAGAGCACACUGCCUAAUACCCCAAUGCCUUCUGUCUCGUAGGCCCUUGUGUGUACUCUCUUCCAUAGUGCCUGUUUAGAGCGUGGAUCAUCAGAAUCUGUGUGUGACAUGUCCACCUCAUGUGGUCACCUGUGCUGCCUGUUACCUACAAAUGUAUUCACUGAAAGCCAUUUAAGGGAAGGACACAUCCAGGGAGUGUUUCCCCAUGAUGGUAGUUACAUUUUACAUGUGAACAGACAUUCCACAAACUGCCCUCGACUGCCUAACUACACUUAAACACUUAAACAGGUGAUGAAUUCAUUUCUAGACUGAAAUGAUCAGUGGGUACAAUUUUAGUCCCAGAUUACCUAUAAAGGGCUGCAUCUCCAGACUGCAUCAGGUUUGGACAACUAACAUAUGAAAUCUUCUAGUCAGAGUAGUUAAGCACAGGGUCUUUGUUGCACCAAUAAUAACACAUUUCCAACAAAACAAUGUUAUAUGUUGUUACUUUUUAUGGAAAUACAGGAAUUGCAUGUCAUUGCAUCCAAUGUUGUCACAGAACAUGAAUAGUGUUUUAUGGAUGCCCUGUUCUUUAAAGUUUGACUCAAUUAUUCAUCUGUGCACUGUAAGGUUUGAUCUUGAAGUAAAAUUUUGUGUUUUAAAUGGGAAAUGUCAGGGUGUUUUUACGUUGCCACUGAGAAGCACUUAGAACUGAAUAAUUUCUACCCCCUUUUGAACAAGAUGUAACUGAUUUCUAUGCAUCUAAUUUUGAAAUAUUGUAGAUUUUGAGAUGGUCUUAAAAUGUUUACAUUGUGCAUUUAAUAUAUCAGCACAAGUGUUUUGUCUGAUAUCUUGUUGACGCUGUCUCUAUUGUUACAGGCCAAAUAUUGCAGUUGUAGUCAUACUGAGAAAGAACGUUAUUGAUGUUGUAAAUAUCUAAAAAAUGAUAAACCUCGUCAUGUGAAGUUUGCUGCUCUUUUGUAGACUUACAUUUUGCUUCAUAUGGGUACCCACUUGGAUAUGUAGCUUAUGUGAACGGUAUUUCAAAGCAUAUGGUUGAACAGAGUUGUAUAAUUGUAGAUAUUAUGGAUGAUACUACCUUCUCAAAAGAAAAUGGAAAUGUGGAUCUCAUCUUUUCUUCAGAGGAGUUUUACAACACAUUAUUUAGAGCCGAAAAUGCCACGAAAAAUCUUUAUUUAUUGCUGUUGACAAUGAAAUGUAUGAGGACGUAAGAGGAUAUGGCUAAUGUGCUGGCAUGUGGGCGAGGUUGCACGAUCAUAGACAUAGAAGCACAAAGAUCAGUACACUGAUUCAAGCUGACAGACAAACAAGCAUGUUCUGUCCUUUCUCUGCACUGCCACCUGUACUUCCACAAAUGGUGCAUGAUAGGAACAAUAAAACAAAAGUCAAACAUGUAUUGUGCCAGCACGCAUAAUUAUUUGAUGUUAAAUGCCAAUAGUUGUCAAAUUUCUUUGAAAAAAACAAAUGUCAUUAUUGUUUUCUAUUUCUCUGAUGUUUGUGAAUAUAUAAAUAUGUAUUACGGAUGAAGUGUAGUGGUACAAAGUACUCGCAUGAGAAUUUUUUUAUACUUGAGAUGUUUCUAAUUUUGUUUUGUUUUUUAUUCUGGAUGUUCUUAUUGGGGAUGGACUUGAAUUGCAGUUGCAAUGUGAUUCUGCUUCCAAUAAAAUAUGAAAUUAAGUCUAAA